AUGUAUCCAUUGUGGCAACAAAACGAGGAAACGGUGAAGAAAGAAGUACUAAUAUGAUUAACAAAAAGAAACUGUUCAAUGCCUGGAGUUGAGAUGGAAAAUUAGGCCACAAUGCGUUGAUAUCAUGACUCUGAUUAUUUAUUCCUCGUUGAGUAAACAAACAAUUAGAUGAAAUUUUUUAACUAUGUGUAAGUGUACUUUGAGUGAAUAUGUCGAUCUAUUUAUUGUUCAACAAGAAUUUUAUAUCUAAUUUGUGAAAUAAUUUGCAUAUAUCAUAUAUAUAGUUGAUCUUUUGAAGUUGGUAAUCACAGUGCAAUAUAUGAUUAAAAGAUAACCUGUACAUUCAAUGUCGCCGAGACACUUAAUGAUAUCUAAACGUUGCGCCUUGGUCAAACUUAGAUUACGUUUGUUAACGGACUUAGGAGUUUAUCCAUGAAAUAUAAAUGUCACGAUAUUUUAUAGGUUUCAAAUCAUACUGAAGAAAUCAUACUAAAGAAAAAUCAGAAAAAUCUGUUUAGUAUGAUGCGCGCAUUUGGUAUUACGAUGAAAGUAAAGAAAAACACUGCAUUUACAGUCAUUCACAAAGCGCAAAGUUGGACGCCUCAAUCCAAGGAUACCUCACUUUGAAAGAAACUCUAAAUUAAUAAUAUCUACUCGAUUUAGCUCCCUUUUUAUUGCACGGAAUUUUAAAUUUCAUCAAUAUGUUAAUGUUCCUCAAGAACCGAAAACAUGAAAGACGCUUAUUACAGGAAACGGACCAAUCAGAUUUUGAGUUGCCAUUUCGUUUCACACGUUUCCGUUCUUUGAUAGUCUUCACGUUGAAAGCGCUGGAUUAACUUUGGUAAAUUAAUUGAUCGUUAACAAAAGGAGCACUUGAUUACUUUCAAAUCAAUAGGAAAAUUAAGUGCUAGGAAAACAGACUUGACAAUCAUAGCAACUACUUCUAUUUACGAGUGUCAAACACGCGCAUGUUGCGAGCAGUAAAUUAUUGACGUCGCAGCCUGUACGAUUUCCACCAAUGGCGUACGUUGUAUCCGAGAAAAGCCAGAUUUCACCGUUUAACGUUUUGUUGGGAACAAUCUCAAGCCAGCUAACCCGAGAAAGCAUACGCAAGAUUAAAGUACAGCUUCGCGGCCAUGUUACAAAAGAACACCUCGGCAAACUUAAAGGUGGAUUCGAUGUCAUUCACAUUCUUCAAGAACAAGGAUUAGUCACUGAGAAAAAAUUGUCUUUCCUGCGAAAACUUUUGCAAGAUUGUGAAUUGUUAGCACUUAUGGAACUAUUGGAUGAAUAUAAACAAGCUGUGCAAGUUAUGAAUGGCAAAUCGAAGGAAGGUAAUUAGUAGAUAACGUUAAUUGAUAUAUCGUUGUUUGCUGAUAGCAGUAAAAACUGUAGUGUUAACAAUUUUGCGUGUCAACAUCAAAUAAAUAAUUGUCCGCAAGAUCCACAAGGGUAUUCAUUUAUGAAAAAAAAUGUGUCGAUAGCGUGGAAUAAACACUUAUUCUUCGAAUUUAAACGAUACCACAUAUUGUUAAGUAAAAACUACAAGAGUGAUUUUAAGCCACAGAUGAGACAAUACGCGGGGGCAAAUUUGUUGUUCGAUUAUCCAUCAUGUAACUUCUAAAGGGUAUUAUAAAAUUUUGUGCAAUCUCUCUAUUUCCACAACCCUGAUACCUAACUGCUCCUGAUGAAUGUGCUUGGGGAUAAGAAAACAAAUGCUAAGCUGAGCUUAAUGAAAAAAUUAACUGCUAAAGUUAAGAAAUCGAGGCCGAAUUUAUGAGAUUAAAGUUCGCUUGUGGGAAUGUCAAAAUGUUUCUGUCGGUUCCUGCUCCUACACAUUCAAUACAUUUUCUACUUAGAGGUGACUUAGAAUGUCUGAGCUUAGGGUGGGAUUCUUGAAAUAUCGUUUAAUUCUCAUAGCCUAUUUACAGGUAAAUGUGUUACAGCUAAUUGGGGGAGUUUCAUCAUUCAUCAAAAGAGAGGUAUCAGUAGAGAAGUAGCAGCAUUAAGUAUUCAUUUUUUUCUCUUUUAUCCCCAAGGUGAAAACAGCGCCACAAUCACUCGCAGAAUUAACGCCCUGCAGCGGCUGAUGGGAAGGCAGCUGGAAGAAUUGGCGCAUUGUUCCUCGCGGGGAAAUGAUUUGAAGAAGAAUCUUGAAGAAAAACAAAUGUUACUUGAUUCACAGAAAGAAAUUCUGAUUGUGGGUCAAGAAGCUGUCGAUCGUAUCCUGGAGCAACGAGAAGUGGCGGAACAAGAAAGAAGCGUAGUCGAAGAAAGAGCACAGGAAAAUGAAGCCAUGUUUGAAGCCCAGGAAAGAGAUCUAAAUGAAUUGCAGAGCCUGUUGGGAACUAAGGAUAAACAGUUGAAGAAAUCUGGACGAGGAGAUAAGAGGAAAACUAUCUUUGAAAAACACACCAAUGAGAAAGCAAGUAAGACUUUGCAGACGUUAAACAAGCAAAAAGACGAAAAACAAGAAACCUUGAAAAAAAUGAUCAAAUCCGUGGACGAUAUUAGGGUUCAGUUGUUGGCAAAACGCGAGGCCGUCAGACAUCAUAACGAGGCCACAUUUCUAAAAACACAAGAACUUGUGAGUGUUGACCAAUGUAUUUUGGAAACGAUGGAGGAUGUUAGAAAACUGAAGCAGGAAAUACGAAAGAACGAGUUCGAACUGUCUGAUUUACAGUAUCAAAUCAAUGAGACACAAGAAGAACUUGAACGAACUAGAAGCAAUGGCAUGGCAAAUAAAGCUUAUAAAAUACCGCUCUGGAGAUUAGAAAACACAGAAAAGCAGAAGACAAAGGUAAAUCUGACAGCGACCUGGCAAUUUACGCUUUUGGACCUAAACUGAACAAGUUAUAGUUUUGAUUUCAAUGAUGUGGAUUUUGACUUCGAGAUUCUAUCUGGGAAAGAAAACCGUCGUCACAAUUAUAUCGUUUGAUAACUAGUGGUAAUCGAGCAUAGAGUCGAGGGAAUACAGCUAAUGGGUUCUUUUUUUUUUUCUCCCAACAGAGUUUGAAUUAUUCAGAAGUUCUCGAGGAGAAUUCUUAUUCCCUUGGCUCACUGGGCAGUCGUACUGUUUCCCUUCAGUUCGACUUCCCGUGCUGCGUAGCAAGUCACAAAGGACUAAUCUAUACCGCUGACCGAACUAACUGCCGUGUUCUGGUGUUUGACUCUGUGGGGGAGCUCGCUCGGGAACCACUUGAGUUUGGAAACAUGGGCCCUGUAGCUAUUGCAGUCAAUAAACGAGGAAAUAUAAUAACAACGGACUCGCAGAUAAUAAAGGUUUUCAGUUCGGAUGGGGCAUUAUCGCAUAACUUUCUUCCUGUUUACAGCAAGAGGGACACAAGGCCAGAAAUCUCUGCGCUGACUGUGGAUCGCGACGGAAACAUAUUGGCGGCCGAUCGACCGAACCACAGAAUACAAAAAUUUCGUAUUGAUGGUCACUUUUUAGGCUUUAUUGGUGGUUCAAUGUACCUUCAAUAUCCCAGCGGAGUAGCGAUCACGAAGAACAAUGAUGUUGUGAUCUCUGAAUGUGAAAGUCACCAGCUGAAAAUCUUCCAUGAUCACGGAAAGUCUUUUACCGUUGUGGGUCGUAACGGGGCUGGCAAAAAUCAAUUCAUGAAUCCUAGAGGGCUUUCUGUAGACAAUGUGGGUAAUAUUUUAGUGGCUGACAGCUUGAACCAUCGUAUUCAAGUGAUAGACCCAACGGGGAAUUUCAUUGGUAGUUUUGGGAGAUUGGGAUCAGGACCCGGAUGUAUUGAUACUCCGUAUGCAGUAUCGGUGAAUCGCCGAGGUCACGUGAUUAUUGCAGAUAGUGGUAAUCACCGUGUGACGGUUUUUACUUGA